AUGACUCAUUCCUCUCAGGAUGCUGGAUCUCAUGACGUCCACGAAGAAGGAAAACUCUAUGUCGUGGAUUCCAUAAACGACUUAAACAAACUCAAUCUCUGUCCAACGGAAUCACAGCAUCUAUUCUCUUUAGAGGAGAAAAUUCCAAAUGCUGGCACAACUCCCAGAAAUGGAAGGCAGGGUAUGUUUUUUGUGGGGCUGCUCCUGGUGUUGACGGUCAGCCUGGCUCUGGUCUUCUUCUCCAUCUUCCUAAUAAUUCAAACAGGAAACAAGAUGGAGGACGUGUCAAGAAGACUGACAGCUGAGGGAAAGGACAUAGAUGAUCUUAAGAAAAUCAACAACAUGAUCGUAAAGCGGCUCAACCAACUGGACUCUGAACAGAACUGA